AUGGCUUCUCCGCAACCAGUUUCAUCACCCUCAUGGAUUCUCUCUUUCGAAGUGAAAGCGAUUAAAACUGUAAUAUCUGGCGUCUCCACUUUCUGGUGCUCGAGCUUUAUUCUGCCGAAAUCCUGCAUCAACAAAAUAAAUUCGUUGUGUGGUCAAUUUUUGUGGAAUGGGAACAUUGAAGGACAUCAUACAGCUCGAGUGAGUUGGGAGACAGUAACUCUCACCAAGGAUCAGGGUGGUUUGGGAAUUAAGGACCUUCACAAAUGGAAUCUGGCGUGCAUCUUAAAGCUAGUUUGGAUUAUCUUCUUUCGUCCUAACUCGGUCUGGGUCUACUGGUUUAAAGAGGUAAUACUCAAAGGUGAUGUCUCUAACUACUGGACAAUAAGCACUAGUACUAGACAUUCCUGGUUAGUGAACAAGAUGAUAAAGGCUAGGGAGUUGAUUUACCCGUUGCUUAAAAGGCGAAUAGGCAAUGGUCGAAGUACUCGGUUUUGGUUCGAUAACUGGCCUCCUCUUGGGAAGCUAUACACGGCUCUAGAUGCAGGAACUUCCCGACUAGGCAUACCGAAGAUGGCAACUGUUGCGUCUCUCUUCACUUCAGGAUCCUGGAAUUUGUCGUUCGCUAGGACUGAUGCUCAGCUUGCUCUGCAGAUUCAUUUAACAACGGUAACUCUUUCAGAUCAGGAGGAUCACUAUGAAUGGGUGAUAGAGGGACAAACAAGGGUGAGAUAUAAGACAGGUGAGAUGUAUGAUUACCUGAAAGGUGUUCAACAAAUGGUACCAUGGGCUAGAGUAAUCUGGAUCUCCUAUGGAAUCCCGAGGCAUAGCUUCCUCUUUUGGUUAGUCAUGCUGGAUCGUUGCCCUACAAGAGAUCGACUCAAUAGAUGGGGAUUAAAUGUGGAUCCUCUCUUCUUACUAUGUAAUACUCAUCCAGAGUCUAGGAAUCACCUGUUUUUUGAGUGUGGAUUUAGCGCCGAUGCUUGGAGAAAGAUAGCUCAUCGUUGUCAGCUCCAACCUCUCACCGUGUGGGGAGAUAUUAUCCUUCAACUUCAAAGACUACUGAGGGAUCGAGACUCUCGCCGACUAACUCUACUGGCGUUUCAAGCUUCCGUUUAUUGGAUCUGGACUGAGCGUAACACAAGACUGCACCAACAACUCUUCAAAACUCCGGAGACUGUCUUCUCAACGAUAGACAAGCAGAUUAGGAACAGACUGCAGAGCUUUCGACAUGCAAAUCCAAGGGCAUCAUCGGCGAUGACUCAACUGUGGUUUCUCCACUCGUGA